GCGGGCCCCCGCCCGGCGCGCACAGGCACCAUGGGCACGGUGCUGUCGCUGUCCCCCAGCUACCGGAAGGCCACGCUGUUUGAGGAUGGCGCGGCCACGGUGGGCCACUACACGGCCGUGCAGAACAGCAAGAACGCCAAGGACAAGAACCUGAAGCGGCACUCCAUCAUUUCCGUGCUGCCUUGGAAGAGGAUCGUGGCCGUGUCGGCCAAGAAGAAGAACUCCAAGAAGGUGCAGCCCAACAGCAGCUACCAGAACAACAUCACGCACCUCAACAAUGAGAACCUGAAGAAGUCGCUGUCCUGCGCCAACCUGUCCACAUUCGCUCAGCCUCCACCGGCGCAGCCGCCCGCACCCCCGGCCAGCCAGCUCUCUGGCUCCCAGACCGGGGUCUCCUCGGUCAAGAAGGCCCCGCACCCUGCCGUCCCCUCCGCAGGGACGCCCAAACGGGUCAUCGUCCAGGCGUCCACCAGCGAGCUGCUGCGUUGCCUGGGCGAGUUUCUAUGCCGCCGGUGCUACCGCCUGAAGCACCUGUCCCCCACGGACCCCGUGCUCUGGCUGCGCAGUGUGGACCGCUCGUUGCUUCUGCAGGGCUGGCAGGACCAGGGCUUCAUCACGCCGGCCAACGUGGUCUUCCUCUACAUGCUCUGCAGGGAUGUUAUCUCCUCCGAGGUGGGCUCGGACCACGAGCUCCAGGCCGUCCUGCUCACCUGCCUGUACCUCUCCUACUCCUACAUGGGCAACGAGAUCUCUUACCCACUCAAGCCCUUCCUGGUGGAGAGCUGCAAAGAGGCCUUUUGGGACCGUUGCCUCUCUGUCAUCAACCUCAUGAGCUCCAAGAUGCUGCAGAUCAACGCCGACCCACACUACUUCACACAGGUGUUCUCUGACCUGAAGAAUGAGAGUGGCCAGGAGGACAAGAAGCGGCUCCUUCUAGGGCUCGAUCGGUGAGCCCUGUAGCCCGCGCCAUGGCUCAAGGAUUCAAUGCAUUUUUAAAAAUUUAUUGUUAAACAGAUCAGUUUUGUGUACAGUAUGUGUCUAGCAAAGCCACCAAGGGCCUCUCUAUUCCCACGUUAAUCUCCUUGGGGUUUUUUUCAGCCCUGCCAAGAACUCUGGGCACUUUUGAACUCAUAAACCUCGUGCAAAACCCAGAAGAUGUAUUCAGAACCACCGAGGCCACUGACCUCUCACUUUGGGGGAACUCGACUGAUGUGCCCCAUUGCCUGUGCCCUUGCUGGAUCCAGGGUGGGCGAGGCUGCCCGCUGCUCCUGGAGGGGAGCUGCAGCGGGGCCCCUGGCUGGUUGGCCCAGGGAGGAACUGAGGUUUCUGGUUGGAGGCCCUUUUCCGGCUUCUGCUUUGGGUCUGUCAUUCUCCCAGGGGCUCCUGGAGCCAGCUGCCCGGACUGAGCCACAGGUGGGAUUGGGAGGCAAGGUCCUGAUGGCCUGGGACAUCUUCAGUCGAGGCGAGGCAAAGCCAGUCUAGUGCAAAGAUUGUGUCUGAUCUUUUGACCAUGCAUGGUCCUGGCUUGCUGUUUGCUUUUUUAGGGAGAAGGAAUUUCCUUUAGUGGAGAAUUGGAACUCACCCCCUCCCCCUUGCCUGCCGCUCCUACCUGUGUUGGUAGUGUUGGCUAAUGAGCUGGUUUGACUCAUUAAAUUCUCUCAUUUUGGGUCCCAGCUAAAGGGGUGGGGUGACGCUGGGGACAACUCCUUUCCUGGAAGAAUUUUUCAUUUGAAUAUUGCAGUAUAGUCACCCUGUGGCAAAUGCCGGGACAUCUGCAGGUGCCAGUCAGCGGCAGCCUGCCUUCUGGGCAGGUGGGGGGAGGUGCCAUGCCUGAGACCAAGCCAAUGCCCACCUAAGGGCUGAGGCCUCUUGCUGGUGCACAUGACAUUUGUCCUGCAGAGCCGGGGGUGAUGUCAGGGAUUGGGGUGAUGUGGUAAUGGCGUACCCCCACCUGCACCCCUGUUAAUUUAAAGCUGUUUCCAAACAGUUCAGUUUCUUCUGGAGAGGAAGCCUUGCCUUGCAAGGCCAGUUGAGACAGCUGGAUCUUGGAGACAAUUAAAAGAUGGGAGUGCAACUCCUGAUUGCUUUGGAAGCCUGCUGAUUCUACAACUGAUCAUUUGCAGCUGCGGGUUUGGGUUCCUACCUUACCCUAGUGGCUGUGAAAACACACGAUGUGUACUUUGUCAGUUUUCUUUCUAAUUCUCCCACGUUGGUGGCUUGGGACUUGGGAGAGGACCAAGAGAAGGGAGCAAGUGUUCUUCCGUGGUCCGUCGCUCCGGCUUUGGAGAACAAAGACCCACGUGAAGACGCUAUAGAGGAUUCUUUCUUCCAGCCCCAGGCCCCUGGGCAGUGCUGGGAUGCGGGACUGGGGAGGGGGUGCUGAGUGUCAUUUUACAUAGGAUUAGGUUCUAGGUGGCUGCCGAUUUCAGCACAAGCACUACUGAUAGUCAGAUAAAAAAGAGAAAGCUGUGAAAUUGAGGGCCCGAUUUAGAGGCCUGGAGCAGAACCUUCUGGCCCGCGCUAUUCCCAGAGGUGGGGAAGAAGAGGCCUGCUGGCCGACAGCCCCUCGAGGCCCAGCUCAGCCGUUCCUGGGACUGUCAGAUAAUCGGAUGCGGUGCCGGGAGGACCCUGCGGCUGCCGGCACGGGCUUCACCGAGGCAUCUUUCUGCCAGGCUUCCACACAGCCAGUCUGCUGAUCCUGCUGCCACACUCGACCGGAGGUGGGAGACCCCUGGUGGCUUGGAAGAGGGAGGAUCAGUGCCAAGUCUCAGGAGGAGGGCACAUGUUUGUAGUCACCUUCGGCUGGCAGGACCUGGCCUGGAACUAUGCGGUUAAGUUGCAGCCACGGGAUUCCAGUUUUGUGUCUGUUUCCUUCUCUUUCUCCAUAUUUUUUUAUUUUUUGGAGGAGGUGCACCUUUCAGGAGUGGUUUGGGGACGAAGGAAACAACUCUCUAGUCCCCUCAGUGUGAAGCCUGUCAUGUCUCCUCUCUCCCCUUGCACUGGUCAUCAGUAUUGUGUAAAGGAACCACCGAUAUACUUGAGUGUGCAAGCAACGAACCCAUGUGACAUGCUGCUAUGAAGACUACUUUUAGAACAACAAUAAAAAAAAAACUAAUCUACAAAAAAACCUUUAUUCUUUAAUUGUUGCUUUUACAGUGAUAUUGUGCAUGCAAACCAGGAGCAUUUUGUGUCUUAAGAAAAAUAAUCUUAGAACAGAUGGCUGUGAAAAUUACACCCGUGCACAGAACAAGCCACAGGAAUAAUAGUUCAGGAUUUGGUUUUUCUCUUUUAAUUGUAAACCUGAAGGGUUGAUAUAUUCUUUCCAUGCAGUUAUUAGAAUUUAGUUUUGUUCCAACAGUUGUUAAAACUUGCAAUGAAAAGAAAAUGUGCCAUUUUUUUCACUCAGAAUUAUUCAUAGCUGUAUAUUUGAAACUGCUAAUUACACACGUGUGCUGUUUGUUGGUUUUUUUAGUGCAAUUUCUUCUGUAGCUAUUCUUUGACCAAACUGUGGGUAUUGUUAAUAUUAAUUUAUAUUUGUCUCAUUUUGUAUGUAUGUGUAGUGUGUGAGUAUGUGUGGUUUAUAAUCUGACAAAGUCAUGAAGCUCAGUUUGGCUGUAAUUUAAUUCCCCUUCCCUUAUUUUUAUUUAUUUUUGUACUGUGCUGAUUCAAUAAAAUGCACUGACCAUCCAUUA